UAGUUGUACCAAUUUGAUCAUAGCUAGUUCUAAAUCCCGCUGUUUCCUUCGUACAUAUCCCUGCACUUUUAAGACCAUAAGCAAGAUGCUCUCCGGAAGACGUCUUCAAUAUGCACUGUGUCUUCAUCGGUUGCCAGGACUUGAGGCAUUCCAUGCGAAUCUGAUUCGGAAUGUCGCGGGUGGUCCAAAAAGAAUCGUGGUAGUGCAAGGGCCUCGCGAGUAUCAGUUCAGAACACUCUCAACACGCAAGAGCACUGGUCGCACUACCACCAAGAGUAGCAGUAGUAACGGUGAAGCGGCGUCAGCCAGCGCCAGCAGCGGUCGUAACCGACCUCCAAGGAGCACAAAGGCGGCUGUCCCUCAGGAUACUCCAGAUUCAUCAAGUACAACUGCCACAUCAGCUUCAGUCAAACCUAGAAAGACGGCGACCAAGUCCUCGAAAACAACAACAUCAUUCAUAGGUGACGAUGUUACUACUGCCGCUACGGCUGCUGGGAUUGUACACCGGGCUGAGAUACCCGACUACAAGCACUCAACGAUCCCACCGUCUCAAGAACUUGACGCCCUGCAAGUCCUGAUCGAAGAACUUUCGCUAACGAAUUCUUCACUUGAAAAACGCGAGAUCUUGGCUCAACAUGCAGACCAGGCUCCAUUGCUCGGUUGGAUCUAUGAUCCCCUACGACAGUUUCAUGUCACGUCGGCUCGGAUCAUCAAGUAUGCGGUUGCGCGCACUCAACGACAGGAUGAAGCGGCCUCGUCUCUGACUCCAGGUGGCAUCGGAGAAGCAGUUGAUUUCGAGAAGGAGGACGGACUGGUGACGAGGAUGAACCAUCCGGACAUGUCGACGAGGCAGCGAUCUGAGGCUAAGGCACGAGCGACGGCGUUAGGACAAGGGUACACGACCUUAUCGCAGCUUCUAAACGCGCUCUCGACAAGAGCCAUUUCGGGACAUACAGCGCUCGAUGCGAUCUUGAUCUUCAUGGAGAGGUUCUGUGGAAAUGAGACCAUCACCACUACCACUGGGAAGAGCAGGAGUCAAGGGAACGGACUGAGUUAUGGAGUCAGGAUGGAGCAGCUUUUAACAAUGCCCCGAUCAAAAGUCUUGAUGAAGAUUCUGGACAAAAAUCUGAAGGCUGGAUGCAGCGUUGGCAUGCUCCGGGAGGUGUUCCCGACACUGAUUCCCGGCUUCUAUGUGGCGCUGGGGCAUAGCCUUCCAACCGUGGAGGCCGCACAGCCGUUGUUUGCGAAGGACGAGGCGGCGGCAGAUUCGGAGGCUGAGAGCGGUAAGGCAAAAUCGAAGGCGAAGAAGAAAAAGAAGGUGACAACGGAUUCAAAUGUGGAGACAGAUCAAGUGGCAGAAUGGUAUGCGUCUCGAAAGCUGGAUGGAGUACGGUGUUUGGUCCGUGUGGAUCGCCUCACAGGUGGGAUCGAGACAAUAUCGAGGAACGGGAAGGGGUUUGAAGGCCUAACCUUAAUACAGGACGCGCUACAUGACGUCGUCAGAACGAGAUAUUCUGCUGAUCAAGGGGGACAAGAGGGCUGGGAUGGGUUCUUUGCACGAGCACUAGGAUUGGAUGGUCAUUCAGGAGCGGAGUUGCCGGAUCAGCUCAUAAUGGAUGGAGAGGUGUGCAUGUUCUUGACGGAGCCCUUGCAUGAGAGUCCAGCGGCGGCGGUCGAGGAUGCACAGGCCGCAGUGGACGUAAAGGCCGUUGUUGUAGGUGGAACGGAUGACGGGUUCGGGCGGGAGAAUUUCUUGAAGGCGAUUAGUUUUGUCCGACGAGGGAUGACUGACGAGGAUGACAAUGCAUAUUUCGAGAGCAGCACCAAUAAAGACGCAGAGGAAUCCUUGGAUCUUCAGGGACGAGGCGACAGAGGAGAUAGCACGUCUGGAUCAUCGUUGGGGGGGACUGAGAUGCCUGUGUACUGUAUCUUUGAUUGCCUGACGGACAAGGAGUUCAGGGAACGUAUAGGGACGAGGCCAUUCUCGCAGCGGAUCCGAGGUAUCGCCGAUGCACUUUCUAAAGUUAGCCAACAGAAAGGAGGCAGUGUUGUAGGUUUGAUGAGAGUGUUACAGCAGACGAAGAUCGAGAGCUUUGAGCAGCUGCAACGGAUGGUCAAUAAGGGAAUGAAGCGUGGAUGGGAGGGUGUGAUGCUGCGGAAGGAUAUUGGAUAUGAGGGCAAACGAAGCCGCAAUCUGUUAAAAAUCAAACAAUUCCAGGACGCAGAGUUCGUGGUCGAGGAAGCCAUGCUUGGGUCGAUGCGCUUACCUCUACAAGGCCAAUUUGAGGAGCGUGACAAUGUCCUCACCAACGUCGUGAUCCACCAUCGUGGAAACCGUGUCCGAGUCGGAUCGGGCUUCUCAGCUGAAGAUCGCAUCCGCUUCGGAAAGGAUCCCAGCCUGAUCGUUGGCAAAACCAUCACGGUCCAGUACUUUGAGGAGAGCCAGCCGAUGGGUACAGCGGUAGCCGCGGCAGCGGAGGGAGAUGGCGUGAUAGUCCAGACCGACGAUGCGGGUGCAGUCUGGAGUCUCCGGUUCCCAACUGUCAAGGCCAUCUACGACAAGGGUCCACGCCAGAUCUAGGGCGAGCACUUUGUAAAGUUUAUGCAUGAGUAGCACGGAGUGAAUAAAUGAUUGUUUUCAAAAGAG